CGGUGAGGUUUUCUUCUCACGGCGUUAGUCCGAAAAAAAGACGAACCGUGAACAUGUCUGACAAGCAAAAAGACGACUGCGGAGGAAGUGUUGCCACAGACAGCAAACCAACAGGUGAAAGCAAGCAAGUAUGCACGGAAAACCAAACAGAGACCGACUCCUUCAUCAGAAGCUACCUGGAUCCUGCAGAGGAGUACAAGAUGGGCAACAAACGACGAGGUCUUGCACUCAUCUUUAAUCAGGAGCGCUUCUUCUGGCGCCUGGGCUUGAAUGACAGAAAUGGAACCGAUGCUGAUCGUUACAAUUUGGAAAAAAGAUUGAAGGACCUAAACUUUGAAGUGAGGUGUUAUGAUAACUACAAGCAGGAGGCAGUCCUAGAUGAAAUCGCCAAAGCUGCGGAGGAAGAUCACUCAGAUGCUGAUUGCUUUUUCCUCGCCUUCCUGAGCCACGGAGAGGAUAACCAUGUUUAUUGCUACGAUGGAAAAAUCAGUAUCCAGGAGAUCACGUCCAAGUUCAAGGGAGACAAGUGCCAGGACCUUGUUGGAAAGCCAAAGAUCUUCGUAAUACAGGCAUGUCGAGGAGAAAAACAUGACGAUCCAGUUACCCCUGCUGAUGCAGUGGAUAGCAAAGUAGAGGUGUUUGUGGAUGCCAGUGCCAUACACACGCUCCCUGCUGGGGCUGAUUUCAUCAUGUGCUAUUCUGUGGCUGAAGGUUAUUACUCACACCGGGAGACUAUCAAUGGCUCCUGGUAUAUCCAAGAUCUGUGUGAAUUGCUCCAAAAGCAUGGUGAUACCCUGGAAUUCACAGAGUUACUCACGCUGGUCAAUAGAAAAGUGUCCAUGAGGAGUGUUCUGAGAGCUCGUGACCUACACGCUAUCGGGAAGAAGCAAGUACCUUGUUUUGCUUCAAUGCUCACCAAGAAACUUUACUUCCGACCAAAAAAGUAACACUGUCACACCUCAGUCUUUCAAUAAGCGGGUUUAUGUGGGUUUUUUUUUUUUAACUAGAUAGGGCUUCUAAACAGGAAUUUACACUUGGCACCAGAUUAUGACUAAAUGUAUAUAAUUUUCUGCAUCACCAUCUGAAUAUGAACACAUGCAAAGUGACCAUCUAAUGCAGUUUAUUGCUUCAUUCAGCGCCUGUUAGGCUCUAUGGGGGUCAUAUGUAAAACAUGUUUCUUUGGCAAAGAAUUAGUGUUGUUCUUAUGGCAAAAAUUUAAAUAACUAAACAGUGAAAACGUGGUUUCCAGAAGAUUAAAACAAACAAACAAAUGAACUCUUUAAUCUUGGUCAGACUUUCCCAGUUAUCUCUGAAUGCAAACCAAUAGUUGGGAUUAUAAUGGAGUCUAACCCAACAACCCCUACAGUAACUGAUAUUUGAACUGUUGUUGGAAAUAGAGAUGCUGUUUUACUUAGCGAGCACAACUGUGGCUGUCUUCUGACUAAGUUGAAUAUCCAUCCAUCCAUCCAUCCAUUCUCUCCUGUUUAUCCAAUUCAGGGUUGUCAGGGCCAGCUGCCAUAGGUCGAGAGGCAGGGCACACCCAGGACAGGUUGCCAGUCUGACUAAGCUGCUUAUGACACAAAAUAUAACAAGAUCUAAUGAGUUUAUAGAGAACAUCCAACUGAAAAUCAGUUGUAUAUACCUCAGGCCUGUAGUUGUGUCUAUCCAUCUUGACUGCGUUAGUAAUGAAUUAAUUACAGAGUUUGGUGAUAUCAGCUGUUGAAACGACCACUCUGCUUGAAUUUAACACAACUAAAUGGCACUUAUCUCGUAAAACAUAAGGACCCAGAAAUAUAUUUCUCAGAUGUCCACUUUCAGGAAUUAUUUCCUGAGUAUUAAAAAGAGUUCAUGUGGGAAUGCCAGGAUGUUCAAGUUAAUGGCUGAGCUUCACUGAUAGAUGGCCACACAUUUUUUUUGAUGAUCAGAUUUAAUUCCAUACAAAGAAAAUAGUUUUUAAAUGUGAUUUGUGGUUUUAGUCCUUUAAGCAUAAUGAGACAACUGACAUUUAAUUUUAUUAUAUAAAAGAGAAGGCAGACAUGCCUGGAGCUGGAAAUGAAGAAAAGGCACUACAGGCCAGAGGAAAACUAGCAGAGAUGUUUUGUUCUGGGGGACAGGGGUGUGUAAAAGGCCACAAAUUUGCCAAAACGGGCAACAUUAAAACUACUGUCAUCGUUUAAAUACUGCCAUUGAUGGCGUAGCUGUGUUAAAUUUGGUAUUCCUGUUAUUUUUUCUA